AUGCUCUCCGCAUUCACAGCCCGACCCAUCAUCGAGCUCAAGCCGCGGGACAAGUCGCGGAUCGAGUGCAUCCUCGCUUAUGGCGACCGCGUCCUAGUCGGCCUCAACACCGGCUCUCUCCGCGUCUACCGCGUCAACGACCUCUCCCCGUCCCCCUCUCCGGCCAACCCAUCUGACUCGCAAUCCCCCGAAGCAAGCCAGUCCUCUGUCAACCCCGACCCCUCCUCCUCUACUCAAGACCCCUCCUCCCAACCCGACUCUCAGCCAGUAGUCCCCCAACAGAAACCAACCGACCUCCUCCGCGAGAUCGAGCGCUUCUCCCCCCGCGCAAUCGAACAACUCGCCAUCAUCAAAGAAGCCAACACCCUCGUCUCACUCUCCAACUAUUGUGUGUCUCUCCACGACCUACACACCUUCGAGCCCAUCGCUUCUCCCCUUCCGAGGACCAAAAAUGCCUCCGGCUUCGCAGUUACGAGUAACAUCGUCAAGGAUCCGGCGACGGGUAUCCCCGAGAUUAUUUCAAGAUUGGCGGUCAGCGUCAAGAGGAGGUUGUUGCUCUGGUCGUGGCAUGAGAGUGAGCUGGAGGAGGAGGUGAAGGAGGUGGUGUUGACUGAGUCGAUACGAAGCAUGACGUGGGCAUGUGCAACGAGGCUGGUGUGUGGGAUGAAUAGCGGCUUUGUGGUUGUUGAUGUUGAGACGGGCACCGUCGAGGAUAUCCUCGGCCCCCCUGGGGGGGCCGCCGGAGGGAACCAAGGCCGCUGGGGGGCUGUGAGUGCAGGCGGGAUGGGGUACAUGGGACUAGGGGGCUACAUGCCCAAGCCGUUGUGCACGAAGCUGGCGGAUGGGCAGUUGCUGUUGGCGAAGGACGUGAACACGCUGUUUAUUGAUGAUACCGGAAAAGCGUUGGAGAAGCGGCAGAUACCUUGGCAGGCGGCGCCGGAUGGGAUUGGGUAUAGUUAUCCGUAUAUUCUGGCGCUACAGCCGCCGGCGAAGGGGUGUCUGGAAGUAAGGAAUCCGGAUACGUUGAGCUUGCUGCAGACGUUGAGUUUGCCGGGGGCAGCGGCGCUGCAUUUCCCGCCGCCGACGGUGAGUCUUGCGCACGCGGGGAAGGGGUUUCAUGUGCUGAGCGAUCGGGUCGUGUGGAAGAUGGAUGCGACGGAUUAUGAUUCGCAAGUGGAGGAGCUGGUGAGGGGCGGGAAGCUGGAUGAGGCUAUCUCCGUGCUGACGAUGCUGGAGGAUGCGUUGCUGAAGAACAAGACGGAGACGCUGAGGGAGGUCAAGAUGCAGAAGGCGGAGGUGCUGUUUCGGCAGAAGAAGUAUCGCGAGUCGAUGGACCUGUUUAAUGAGGAUGAGGUGAACGCGCCGCCGGAGAGGGUGCUCAGAUUGUUUCCGAAGAGUAUUGCGGGGGAGCUGUCGGGAGUCGAGGAGGAGAAGCAGGGUCAGAGUCAACAGUCUGAUUCGGAGCAGGAGGGCAGCUCUAAUGGGACUGCCACUGCCGAUCAACAGCAACAAGAGCGCCCGAAGACUCCCGACGUCGCUGAAGUCUCUUCUACUCCCAAAACAGGCGGUUUCGCGCGCUACCUGAUGCGCACACGCACCCUCAACCCCGAGACCGCCUCCAUCGCCUCCUCGAAGAAAGGCUCCGACGACGACGCGACCAGCAUCAAGGGCAAACCCAUAGACGAGCAAGCCCAAUCCGAAAAAGACCUCAUGUCCGCCGUCCUCGAACUAAACAGCUACCUCGCCGGCGCGCGCGCCCGCCUCCAACGCGUGCUGGACCCCGUCACAGGCAAGCUCAAGCCGCGUGGCACCAACACCCAGACAGACGAGGCCUUCAAGGCUCUCUUGCUCUCGAACCCCCACUUACAGGGAGCCGACGACGCGCAGCUCGAGGCUCACUUACAGCACACCUUCCGCGUCAUCGACACCAGCCUCUUCCGCGCCUACAUGUUCUCCCGCCCGACCCUCGCCAGCUCCCUCUUCCGGAUCCCCAACUUCUGCGACCCGGCGGUCGUGAAUGAACGAUUGAUAGAACAGAACCGGUUCCACGAGCUGGUAGAUUUCUUCUACGGCAAGAAGCUCCAUCGCGAGGCGUUGAAUCUGCUGAAACGCUUCGGCGCGUGUGAGGAGCCAGAUCCCUUAUGUCCUACUCUACACGGACCGCAGAGGACGGUGCUGUACCUCCAGGGCCUGCCGGCGAGCAUGGUGGAUGUGAUAUUAGAGUUUAGCGAAUGGACACUACGCAAAGAUCCGGACCUCGGGAUGGAGGUGUUUUUGGCUGACUCAGAAAAUGCGGAAACCUUGCCGAGGGAGAGGGUGAUGCGGUUUUUGGGGGGGAUUGAUAUUGGGCUGGAGGUUAGGUAUCUUGAGCAUGUAAUUGGGGAGCUGGGGGAUGCGAACCCGGAGUUUCAUAAUCGGUUAGUGGAGUUGUUCAUCAAGCAGCUGAGCACGAUGGAAAAGGGGGAAAAGUGGGAGGGGACGAUGGAGAGGUUGGUGAGGUUUUUGAGGGAGAGUAAGCAGUAUAGUUUGGGGAGGGCGAGGGGGCUGAUUCCGAAGGAUGAUCCCGCCUUUUACGAAGCCCAGGCCGUUGUGCUCAGCAACAUGGGACAGCACCGACAGGCGCUGAUGAUCUACGUUUUCAAGAUGAAGAACUAUGGCAAGGCAGAGGAAUACUGCAACCGCAUCCACAAAACCCUCGAAUCCCCUCCUCAACCCAGCGGCAUGCCCAUUUCCAAUCACUCCAUCUCCUCCCCCUCCCCAUCAGCGCCCUCCUCUCCCCCUGCUUCAACCCUCAACCAACCCAUUUCCCCCUCCUCCGAAAACCGAAGAAGAGAAACCCACAAUCUACCACACCCUCCUCUCCCUCUACCUUUCCCCUCCAGGCCCCGAUCACUCCCCCCUUUUGUCUCCAGCCCUGUCCCUCCUCUCCAAACAUGGCUCCCGCCUGCCCGCAACCCCCUCCCUCUUCUCUCUCAUCCCAGACACACUACCUGUGUCUGA